AUGGCGUUUAUCACUGCUGCAUACGCCCUUAUUGUCUUGGCCAGCAUCUGGAUCGUCAAGCAACAAUAUCAAGCCGCAAGGCGGUCGCCAUUACCGCCUGGACCGCCUGGACGUUGGCUUUUAGGAAAUACGAUGCCAAAGUCAUAUGCGCCGUUUCAAUUCGCGAGGUGGACAGAACAAUAUGGACCCGAUUUUGUCAUUAUAGGACGUCAUCAGGCUGCGGUGGAUAUCAUGGAAAAAGAGGGAGCAAAUCUCGCCGACCGCCCGCGUUCUAUUGCAGUGCAAGAGACAUUAGCUGACGGGAUGGGGAUGGUCCUUGAGGGCAGUAGUGACAGAUUGCGCCGGCUGCGCAGGGUCUUGCAUGCAGGCUUGCAACCCAAGGUUGCGCAGACCUAUGAGCCCAUCCAGACCAGGAAUGCGAAGAAUCUAGUUAUAGACAUCUUAAAUGAUCCAAAGAACCACCAGGGUCAUGCCAUGCGUUAUGCGGCUUCCGUGGUCAUGUCUUUCACCUAUGGAAAAACUACUCCGACCUCGUACACAGACCCUGAAAUCGUUGCUGUCAAUGAGUCUCUUGCGCGUUUUGGUCGAGCCAUGAAGCCGGGAGCAUACCUUGUGGAUACGUAUCCAAUCCUGCGUUUCGUCCCAGGCUACCUGAGCAAACUGAAGGCAUGGCACCAAGAUGAACUUGCUCUCUUUAACGGGCAGUUGGACGCGGUGCGAAGACAGAUAUCCUCGCUCACCGCUGUUCAGCGUGAGGGGACUGCAAGACCAUCUUUUGCAAGAUUCAUUUUAGAGCACCAGAAACAGUACCAGCUCGAAGACAAGGAACUGGGAUACAUUGCAGGAGGAAUGUUUGCGGCCGGUUCUGAUACUACUGCGUCUGCAAUCAUAAUUAUGAUGAUGGCUGCUACCAUUCACACGGACGCACAGGCUCGCGUACAAGAGGAACUUGAUAGCGUCGUGGGGCGUACGCGGCGUAGGUUAUACUUUUUCUUUGUUCAUCUACUGACUGAGAUAGCUCCUGAUUAGUGCCGACAUUUGGUGAUCAGGAAAUGCUGCCGCAGGUUACCGCGUUCAUGCUCGAGAGCAUGAGGUGGAGACCUGUCAGCCUUGGAGGCUUUCCGCAUUGCGCAACCAAGGACAUAAUUUGGAAUAA